AUGGCUCUGCUGCAAUUCAUCAGUGCUGGUCUUCCCAAUGUGAGGGUUCCCACUACGGUACACAGCGAUCAUCUGAUCGUUGCGGAAAAAGGGGCGAAAGACGACAUCAAGCGCGCCAUAAGUGAUCACAAAGAAGUCUAUGCUUUCUUGAGCAGUGCUGCAGAGAAGUAUGGCAUCGGCUACUGGAGACCCGGAUCGGGUAUCAUACAUGUUGUCAUUUUCGAGAAUUACGCAUUCCCGGGAGGCCUGAUCAUAGGAACUGAUUCGCACACUCCGAAUGCAGGAGGCAUGGGCAUGCUUGGUAUUGGAGUCGGAGGCUCCGACGCCGUUGAUGCAAUGGCCGGUAUGCCGUGGGAGCUGCCUUGUCCUAAUGUCACUGGGGUCAAACUCACAGGAAAACUCGGCUCGAAAUGGAACUCCUCGAAGGACAUCAUCUGCAAGCUCGCCGGGAUCCUCUCAGUCUCAGGCGGUAAGGGAAAGAUCAUUGAGUUCUUCGGUCCUGGCGUGCAGUCGAUGGGUGCCACUGCGAUGGCCACAGUCUGCAACAUGUCCGCUGAGAUUGGUUCCACCUCUUGCAUUUUUCCGUAUACCGAAGCGAUGGGUCGCUAUCUCUCCGCCACGAAGCGUGCCGAUAUUGCCAGAACCGCGGACAGAUUCAAAGACGUUCUCUUGGUAGCCGACGAAGGUAGUGAAAAUUCAUACGACGAAGUCAUCGAAAUUGAUCUUGACACCUUGGAACCGCACGUCAACGGUCCCUUCACUCCGGACCUCUCGCAUCCUUUGUCACGGCUCAAGCACGCCUUGUCCGAAAGCGAUUGGCCAGUGGAACUGAGCUCCAGUAUGGUCGGAAGUUGCACAAACAGCUCAUACGAAGACCUUGAAAAGGUGCGCCAUCUGGUGGCUCAAGCCAAAACCGCCGGCAUUGCGAAGGUCAAGAUACCGUUGUUGGUCUCACCUGGAAGCGAGCAGAUUCGCGCUACAGCAGAAGCGGAUGGCAUCCUGCAAGAGCUUCGCGAGGCUGGAGCAACUCUCCUGAGUAGCUCUUGUGGUCCCUGCGUUGGCCAAUGGGAUCGCUCCGAUGUGGUUAAGGGCGAGAAGAACUCGGUGGUUUCCAGCUACAACCGUAACUUCGUGGGUCGUCAUGAUAGCAAUCCAGCAACUCACUCCUUUGUCACCUCACCCGAAUUAGUGACCGCUUUCGCUUUUGCUGGCCGCCUCGAUUUCAAUCCCAUUACAGAUUCCUUGCCGAUUCUGAACGAUAACGUCUCCUCAUCCUUUUCCGCAGGAUCGACAGCCGGACCUACGUUCCGCUUUCGCCCACCAGUCUCUACGGAGCUUCCGAAAGCCUUUGAUCCAGGCGAGAAUCGCUACCAAGUGCCUGUAACAGACGCCUCGAAUCUAUCCGUUCACAUCGACUCCAAAUCGGACCGUCUCCAGCGUCUGACACCCUUCGAGCCCUGGGCUAGAGGAAACGCAUCCAGGAUGGAAGUUCUUCUGAAGGUCAAAGGUAAAUGCACGACGGAUCAUAUCUCCCCAGCCGGCCCGUGGUACAAUUAUCGAGGUCACCUGGAGAACAUCAGCAACAACAUGCUCAUCGCCGCACAAAACGCGUUCAUUCCGGAGAGGGACCCCAAGAGCCGAGGACACACGCUCAAUCCCCUCACGGGCAAGAUGGAUCUUAUCCCCGCAGUGGCGAAGGGUUUGAGAAGGGAGGGCGUGAAGUGGUGCAUUAUCGGCGACAGUAACUACGGCGAGGGUUCAUCCCGGGAACAUGCCGCUCUUGAGCCACGAUUCCUCGGCGGCGUUGCCGUCAUUGCGCGGUCCUUCGCACGUAUUCAUGAGACAAACCUUAAGAAGCAGGGCAUGCUACCGCUGACAUUCGACGACUGGACCGAUUACGAUAAGAUCGAGCUGGGCGAUCGCAUAGAGCUGGUCGGCGUCGAGAGCGGUGAGAUGCGGUCCGGCAGACAGAUUACCAUGGAAGUGAGGCCUAGGGAUGGCGACGUGUGGAAGGCGAUGCUGAACCAUAGCUUUCAUUCGAAACAGAUUGAGUGGUUGAGGGCGGGAAGUGCAUUGAAUCAUGUAAAGAAUACAACGCUGAGGGAUGUGAACGUCCAAAGGCUUGAACAUCGCGAAUGGUAA